UACCAUUUUACUUUUUCCCAUAUAUAUUUCAGUAGUUUAAUAACAAUAUAUAUGGAAUAUGUUUGAUUUGUUUGUAGGAUGCUGAUCUUUCCACAGAAUUACUGGAGAGAUAUUUUGAUGAAAUUUAUGACAUAAUUGCAAAGGUACAUGAAUAUGCAACCACAGAGGAACGUGACACUGGACCAGAAAAGACAGAAGUAAAAGCUUCAAAUAAUGCAUACAUUCUGAAUAUCGCAGCAACUGCUGAGUCAAAAGAAGAUAUUUUGGUUAUGGUCAUGAACCUUGUGCUUAGCCAUCCCACUGUUAAGACAUGGUUUCUUAAACCAGCAGUGCAUCAUUCUCACAAAGAUGACCAGAAGAGGAUCGCAGUCAUGAUGACAUCUUUCACCUGCAAAACACUGGCAGUGAUUGCAGAAUUUGAGGAAAGAUUUACAGAGCAUCUCAAAGGACAGCUUGACAUGUAUAUUCAGGAAUUGGUGACCUAUAUAUGUAGAGAAAAAGAAAACUUGGGCAGAUCAAGUUCAAGUACCAUGUAUAAUCAUUUGCCAAGUUUGCUGAAGUUUUUUUCUUUCUCCCAACAAGGCAUGAUACUCGAUGCAAUACUGGGCCAGAAAAAGAAAUCAGAGGAAACUAGAGGAAAGCAUGUGGACCUUGUUAGCCAUAUUAUAGCUCAUUUGUCAUCAACUUCUUCUGACCCAUCAGCCCUUCAUUUGGCCAUUCAAAGUGUGUCAACACUGCUGAACAUGGCCAUUGCCAAAAACAGUGUCAAAUUUGACCAAACACUGUUGAAGUUCUUGCAAGCAUUUCCUCAGUAUACUGUCUGUGCUUCAGAUAGCUUUGUAGAAUAUUGUUUUCAUGAACCAACUUGCACAAGAGUUGAUAUGAUUUACUGUCUUGUAACUGGAAGUAAAGAGGCAAGGAGAAUGUUUAUUGACUGUUGCAAGAGAAACAAGAAAGUCAAAAAGAUGAAACAGCUUUUUGUGAAAGUUAUGGAUUUUUUACUUUUUAUGGAAUCUGAGUUUGAAGACUUCAUUAAGGAUCUUUAUCUGCCAGAGUUUGAAUCAUGGCUAUUUGAUAGUGAUCAGGAGCAAGAUGAGACAAAGCACAAAGUGCAGAUGAUGAUAAAGUUGGUGCAUUUACUUAACCAAGAAGAGGCAGACCAAUUAGUAGAAAAACUAAGGCAGAUUCAGUGCUUGUCCUCUGUACAGAUAAUGGUGUUUCACAGCCUUGUGAAAUGGAGUUCUGCAUAUGAAAAUUUGAGUCUCAAGUUGAAGUGGCAGCUAGCUUUGGUGGAGAACCUUGUGAAAAGCACAACUCUGGUUUUAAGUCAGAAAAGUGAACAUGAUAACCAGCAAAAAGAGAUGCUAAUAAACAUAUUAUCAUCUAUGAUAAAGGUAUGUCAUAAUGUAAUCUGAAGUAAAAACAGAAAGUUAUAUUCUAUAUU